AUGUCAGAUUCCAAAUCUGGUACUCCAAGAGUAACAGUAUUCAAGAAGAUUGCUCCGAAUGUUAGGAUACUAAAUUAAGCACCAAUGACUGCUAGGGAUAAUCAGAAAAAUAUGAAUUCAAGCUAAAAGUUCUUCGGCAUCAGAUUUAAAAAUCGAAAUCCGAGUUUGCAUGAAAUUACAUUACCUAAAACGGCAAGAGAUUAAAUAAAGACUUAACCGACUGAUAUAAAUACUCUCUUUGAUGCAAGAUCAUCUUAGCGAAACAAUUAUCAAACUGACAACAUGAUGAUGACUACGUCUUAGCUAGAUCGUUAUGUUAAAAGAGUAGGCCGUGCUUAGUUCAAUAGAUAACUAUAGACAUAAUACAGUUAAGCCCGCAAUCCCUCUGUUAAUUCUUAACUUCCAUAUGAAUAUCUCUUUAAUGACACAAAGACAAUUGAAGCUCUUCAUAACUUAAGAGAUUCCUUAAAAUAACAAAAUUAAAAUAAGUAUAGACAUCUCAAAAAAUAUAGUGUAGUUAUAGAUAAACUUGAAUAACCAUAAGAGGUUUUAAAAGAAAUCAGUACUGAAAGUAAGAGUAAUAAAUAAAAGGUGCAAGAUGGAAUGAUAAGAACGAACUUCAUGCAAGAUAAAAGAUUCCAGAAAAUAAAUCUAAGGAAUUUUAAUUAGUUCAUUCCUUUCUUUGCGGAAAGGGACAAUGUUGGUAACCUAAUAUCUGAGAGAACGUUUUAAAGCAAAGAGUUACUUGAUAAUUACUUAGAGAGUGAUAACCCUCACUAAAAAUCUUAAAAGGGAAAAAGAAGCAUCUCAGAAUAAGAUGAGAAGCUUGGCAUCUUUGAGUAAAAAUUCAAGUGUGUUGAUGUCUUUGAUUAAGACUAUCUAAUGAAGUCUUCAGUUAAACUAGAUCAAAAUAAGGAUAUUAAGGAUGAUUUGAUGAAGUAUAUUGAUCAGUAUAAGAGCAGAGAACCAAUCGUAAAGAGAUUGAUAAAGUAAAAAAUGUUUGAUAAAAAAGAAAGGUCAAAAGCUAAAUCUAAAUCUCAAUUAGGCACUUUUACAUAUAAUGCUGAGGAGGUUAAAUAAUUUACUGAUAUGUAUUAGCCAAGUAGGAACUUCUUGAAUAUUUUUGAAAAAGAACAAAGAUUAAAGGAGUUCUUGAUUAUUCAAUAAAGAGACAUAGAUUAAUAGAGAUUUUAAUAGUAAUUAGACUAACAGAGAAACUAAGAGGGAGAAAAUAACUAUCCAGGUAAGAAUUCCCCUGGACUUAAGGAAACGCCUAUUCUGCAUUCAAAAACUUCGCCUAUAAGAUCACCUUUGAAGUAUCUUGCCCAGCCUAGAAUCUCAACAAUGAGGAGUCAGCAAAAGACCUUCAAAAAGUAAAUACUAAGAUCACUGAGUCUAAAAAAAGAAAUUGUUAAUACACUCAAUGAGGACUAAAUAGAAAAACUCAAAGAGUAUUAGAAAGAUGAUGAGGAUCAUGUUGUGGACUAAACUGAGGUUGCAGAGACUAUAAAACGUUUAGGUCUAAGAUCUGGGGAAUAUGCUAACCAAUUGAUUACGAGAUUUUCAUAGAAUAAUAACUCAAGAACUAACAAUAAUAACAGAAUAAGUACCCAUGAGCAUAGAUAUAUGAACCCUAUCGGAAAUUUAAAGGAGACAAAACAUGAAAUCUGA